UUUUCUUUCCUGAAGGAUUUUUUUUUUUUUUUUUUUUUAAGUGCCCAGAGUCCACCAAUGUGGUUUAACAAGAACUGGAUACAUGAGGAGUGAAUGAACUGGGGCUGGCCAGUGGCCAAUGAAGUAAUUGUUUUAGAAAAGAUGGAACCUCAGACUAAAGUUUUAUAGAACUAGCAUCCUUUGGCUGUAGCUAUGAGAUACAAGUUGAUAAGACAGGGAGAUGAAUAAUAUCUAAAUCUGAUAUUCAAAAAGAAAAUGUAGUGUGGGCUCAGCCAGAGGUAAGCAUAGCAGGAUUUCCACUGCAUUAUAAAGACCAGAAGGUAGACUGUAGAAGAGUGUAUGACGGCCUGUGCUGCUUUUAAUACAAUGAAUUGAGCCAUUUGCAAAUCUUGAAGGAUGACAGUUGAGAUGGAGCCGUGAGAAUUGUUGACUGGGGCUAGUAAAAUGAUUAAGGCACUUUUCCACUAAGUUUUACAACUAGCAUUCAAUCCCUGGGACCAUGAGGUGGAGGAACUUAUUCCCACCACUUGUUCUCUGAGUUGUGCUGUGGAAUAAUCCCUUUGUACACUGUAAAGAUUUGUGGCUCUGACUGGUUUAGUAAAUGAGCUGACUGAACAGAACAAGGUUAGGUGGGAAAGGUACAAAGCCACAUAGACAAAGCAUAGGUAAGAAAUGUUUUAAAUGUAAGAAUUAGGUAGUAACAAGCCUAAGUUUAUAAAUCAUUUUAAUCAUUUAUAAAUAAUAUUUGUCAUCUGUGUUUAUUUGGAAGCUGCUUGGGGGACAGGAAAACACCAAUAGUGUUGUAUAUGUGCACAUGGCAUACACAUGAAAUGGAUAGAGGCUGGAACAGUGGCUUAGUGUUUUAGGAGCACCUACUGUUCUUGCAGAGAUCGAGUUUUUGGUUCCACACCCAUGUCUAUUUUAGAGCCACUAAGAUGGCUCUGAGUAAGAUUGAGACAAGUUUGAUUCCUGGCAGCCACAUGAUAGAAGUAGCCAGCUGACUCCCUCAAGCAGUCCUUUGACCUUCACAUGUCUUGGCAUGCAUAUGCUUACUGACAUGUACAUAUAUGCACAAACUAAAUGUCUUAAGGAAAUUUGCAGGUAGGGAUGAAGCUCAUUGGCAGAACACUGGAAUUACAUAUCCAAGGCUCUGGAUGUAAUAUCUAGAACCACAAUACAUCAACCUAUGAAGGAUAAGUUAGCAGUUUCAGUAUAAUACUAAUUUCUGAGUCCUGAUGUAAACAUUAAGAAAAUACGUGCUGGAAUUGGAGGAAAGGCCCAGUAGAGUACUCACUGGCUACUCUUUCGGUGGUCCAGGGUUUGAAUGCAAAUAGCAGCCAUAACUAUAGUCCCAGGGUUUCCAGCUUCUAGCCUCAGGAACUGCAUACAUAUUCAGUGCACAAAUAUACAUGUAGGCAAAAUAUCCAUACACACAACAAAAAAAGAAAAAGUACCUUUACAUCAAUGAAUUACAAAUGUUGCUGGAAAAAAAUCAAACUUGGGGUUGAGAAGUGAAUAGUGAUUAAGGCUUAACCACUUACUAGUUCGUUUUGUUUUCAAAACAUUUCUAAAUUUAUUUUUUUUUCCUGUUGGAAUUAAGCUGCAUUGAGUACAUACUAUUAAGACACGUUGUAACUUGUCCCUCAUACUUGGGAUGUUUGGGGACAAACACCUUAAACUCCCUAUCUUGUUUAGGAAAGGAGUGCUUUGAAAACUUCUUUAUAGAUUUGUAUGGAAUUGAAGGUAAUUUGACCAAUCUUUGAUUUCUUUAUUGCAUAGAUUUUACACUCCCCAACCUAUCCCGCAGUUUUCAUUUCUUCUCUGUCUACAGCUGGAAAAACAGGAGUCCCAGGAUGGGAGUUAGAGACAGCUACAUUAUUUGGUGGGUUAAUUUUGUAAAGGGUUUGUAGAGGUUUGUGUAGUGUUCUGUGAGCACUACCUUGUGUGGAAAAGAUGGCUUCCUGGCAGAAUGUAACUUCAAGAGUUCCCUGCAGUGAAGAAUAGUAUUAACUUGAAUUCUAUCCACUUCAGAGAACAGCAGUGAUACAAACACUUGCCUGAAAGAUGCUGUGAAAUGACCAAACUGAUAAAAGGCCCAGCUAGACGAAGAGGCUACUUUUUCUAUAGGCAAGGAAAUCAAAGCUGCUGCCACAGACUUGUCCAAACUCAAGCAGUGGGUGGAACAAGCUGUGUUUCUCAACUGGGGCUCCUCCCAAAGGUGACAAGACCUGCCUAGGCCUGUACUUGCUGUCAAGGGAGCUAGAGCACCUCCCCAAACAAAAACAAAUUUGAAGAUCUUGAAGAUCUAGUAGAGUUCGCCUUUUGGCCUUUUCUCUCUUCUUGUGCUGCUCCUUUGCCACAUCCUCUGAAGGACUGAUUCCUGCUGGUUUCAGUAACGGAUCCCAUCCCAUGGCCAAUUACUCUAGGGAGUCAGGAUUUCUGCCCUGUGAGUCCUGUGAUAUGGUUUUCAGCUCCUGGGCUUUGUUGGCCACCCACACACAGCGAUUCUGCAUUGGCCGGAUGACUCCGGAGGUGACACAUGGAACACAGUCUUCAGUAGCUAUGGAACAAAGGGGCACCAAGGUAAGAGAGUCUUCAUCUCCCUGCCCCCAGAUUACUGCACAAGAACAGAGCCAUUCGGAGCACGAGGCUAGCAAACCAGCUCUAAAAAGGUUGACAGAGGAGGUGCAGUUGCUGAGGCUGUCCCUACAGGAAAUGCGUCUCUGGGCGACUGAGGGUCUCACCUCCCAGACUACAGGAAGCCCUAGCGAAAGGCUGCAGGCGCUGCAGGGAACCCGCGCCAAGCGCGUGGCUGAGACAGAAGCGCACAGCCGGGCCCUGGAGCGCCGCAGCCAGGAUCUAAAACGGCGUCUCCUGGGCGUAGCGGGACUCAGGGGAGGAUUAUCUGCCCCAUUCGGCCUGGAGCGCGAGCUCCGAGAACUCAGGGCCGAGGCCGGCCGCACGCGGGCCGCUCUGCAAACGCUGGCAGCUUGCUUCUUGGCGCUCCAGCCACAGUCAAAGAUCCAACAGAAUUGUUUUCAGGAGUUGUGUUCCCCAUCGAUAUCGGUGAAGCCAGGAACGCUUCCCGCAGAGAUCCAGGCCCUACGUGAGGCCUACGUGCGCGGUGGAGGCCGGGACCCCGGAGUUCUGAACAAAAUACGGCAGCUACAAGCGGAGGCUUCAGCCCUGGAGUUGCAGCGUUCGCAGAACCGCAAGGAUAAAGCAAGUGCUGCCUCUGAGGAGCUUCUAGUGGUGGAAGCCGAAAACCGGCUCCUGGAAGCAGAAAUCCAGGCCUUGCAGAAUAAAGGCCUGAGUCUGGAGCCCUGGGGACCCAGGGAGCACCACCUCCUAGAUCUCUGGCCACACCUGAGUAGACCGGGUGAUAACUCCCUCCUCCUUCCACCAGUUGCACCUGAAAUGCCACCACUUGCCAGUUCCACAAAUGUCCAGAACUUCCUUGGCACUUCUCAGCUUAUUAAUGGAACGAUGACAAGGAAUUUAGGUCUGGAUCGCCACAUCCAACCACCAUCUGGUGUUCUAGGCCCUGCACCCUAUGAUUCUGGGGCUGGCCUUGUCAUUUUCUAUGACUUCCUGUGUGGCCUUGAGCCUUCUUGGGUUUGGGUACAGCUAAAGACAAGCUUGGCCCGUGAUGGACAGGAAACAGGAGGGACCACAGCAUUGCCUCCAGCCCUUUGCAUACCACCACCUUCACCUCCUGGACCUAUGGGCAACUGUGCCAUCCUUGCAAGCAGGCAGCCUGUACCCAGGUUGCCUCCAUCACCACUGGUAUCUUUGAUCUGUGAACUACAGGCAUGGCAGGGAGUUACAUGGACACCACAACCAAAGGCUUGGGCUUCACUAUCACUAUUUGACCAAGAUAAGCAGAUGCUUAGUGGUCGUUGGCGCCUCCCAUUUCGGGGUCUUCCUAAGGCCAACCUCAGACUUGGCCAGCUGAAUGAGAUUCCCCAGGCAGGUCAAGCUGAGCUCUUUCUGAGGCUUGUGAAUGCAAGAGAUGCAGAUGUGCAGACACUGCCAAAGAUCAGUCCAGCAAGUGCCCACGAAUACCAGUACCCACCACUGGUAUCCAAUUCAUCUUCAUUGGAAACCAGUUCCUUCACCCACAAUUCUGGAUUUGCUGAUCCUCAACCUCCCACAGAAAAGGAUUUUAUCAGUGUCAAGAAUAAAGAUGAGCAUUUGAGCCCUUACCAGUUUUGACCCAAACCCGUAAGGUUUUUGAGGUUGAAGGCCCAUUUCUAGACCUGCAGCUUUUCUAAUGAGGUCUCAAAGUAACCAUAAACUCCUACUAAGCAAGCUGGGUAUUUUUUCCUGCUCCCAUUUCCUUUUGUAAAGCAGAUAGAGUAAAUGAUUUCAAACAUGCACAGAAAUAGCCUGGCAUUCAAGUCUCUGAAAAUAGCUAGGCUUUACUAAAGCCAGCUUUAUCAGCAAACUUCACUCCACUCACAGCUUCCUGCGGACUUCUACACAGAAAUCUAUCCACGAUCUCAAGCUUCCAGCAUACAGGAAACUCCUGAAGAUUGAGAUUCCAAGGUCCAUCUUAGUCCACUUAUGUUCCAAGCAAGCAGGGGAUCAUGUACUGGAAUUUUGGACCCAACUACAGAUCCAAGCAAGCAGGGGAUCAUGUACUGGAAUUUUGGACCCAACUACAGAUCCAAUCAGCAAAGAUCCUGUACUGGUAUUAUCAAGUCUGUUCCAACUGGAAAGUCAAUGGGGAGAAACACUUUAGGUUAAUACAAAGACAUCUCAAGAAGACACUUCAAAGUCAGGGUGAGCCAAGCUUUAGUGACUAUCCCAGAGAGUUUGAAAAGUAACUGAAAAACUGUCAUUGAACACAAUACCAUCCUCAACACUAUACUGGCAUUUUAAAGACCCUGUAUAAGGCAGCUCAGAAAGGAUCUGUUUCUGAUUCAUACACCCUGAUUGUCAGAGCCCAGGAGGAUAGCAUUAGUAUCUGACCACGAUCCCUCAACUAGACACCCAGAACUGAUAGAACAGCUUGCCACUCUACCUCAAACCCCACAAAGAAGUACCAGGCUACGCAGGAGCCGCCUUAUAAGGUCUCUGAAGUGUAAUUCCAGAACAAGGUGGGGCUGGUGUUUUCAAUUAACGUAUUUAUUUUUAUAAGGCAAAAUUGCAGACAAUAUAACAAUUCUAAUUAUUGACAUGCAGAAAAGAACAGACUUUGUCCAGCCAGAUUCUUCCCCGUGUCCGUACCUCAACCUGAGCCUUUCCAGUCAGAACUCAUGCCUCUGAUUUAAAACACCGUUUUCCUCAGGGAUUACUUCCCAUGUAUCCAACAGUUUUUCCCAGGACGGGAUUAUGGCCUGAAAUAGGUACAACACAAGACCUGGUUCAUAUUCCAUCAUUUUCAGCACCAAACAUUUCUACAAGUCCUUGUUUGGCAGACAAGGAAAGUAUGAAAGUAUGCAAGACACCUGAAUACAGCCAAUUAUUUGGAAAUAGAAACAUAGCACCAGAAGAUGAAGGAAGAGCUUUUAGCCAUACUUUUGAUCACCUCUAUAUUAGACAGGAAGUAGGUUGUUCAACAGCAAUACACACACACACAAAAAAAACACAUACAUACACCAUAAACAGAAACCUAAUGGCCCAAGGAAUAGAUUCUGCCAAUAUUUAAGAAAAAAGCCAUCAAAGCCUUAGCUGUUGCCUACAAUCUUUAUUGAAGUUAUACAAAAAGAAUCCCCAAAAGUGAAAAAAUACAUUAUGUACAAAACCACUUUCCCUCGGGAGAAAGGUUCUGCUCCCUCUUAACAUGCAGUGCCUUCAACUGCAGCUGCAGUGCUUUCUACUGUAGUUGCAGACUCCACUGUCCCCUCUUCCUUUGCCGAGCUUUCAGCCUGAUUCUCAGCCUGAAAGACAAAGAGCCUAGGUAUAACUAACCCUGACAUAUAACAGAACAGGCUUCAGUCAUAAGUAAAGAUAUAAAGAUAAGGCUGGCAUAGCCAGCAGUUGACAGAUUUCAUGGAACGAUCAAGUAGACAGAAAUAACCAAAUAGUCUUGCUGAUCUGGAGCCUUUCUAUACAUUCAUUAGAAUAAUAAAUACAAUGCAUCUGUCAGACA